AGUAAGGUGGACGGAGGAGAAAGUUCCACGGUGUUUGGGGGGAGACGUUACUGCAGCUAAGCUGCGCCCCCAACGUGAUGGUGACAUCAUCACAAGUCCUACAUCUCCAGAAUCUAGCAGUCCAGGCCAGGGGAGGAGACAGAGGAAGGUUCUCCUGCUAAAGAUGCACCAGUUGCCUUCAUCCACGGUUCGUCUGCUGUCUAGCUCCCAAGUGAUAACAGCGGUGGUCAGUGUUGUUAAAGAACUUGUAGAGAAUUCAUUAGAUGCAUUCGCCUCAAAUAUUGAAGUGAGACUGGAAAACUUUGGCUUUGAUAAGAUUGAAGUACGGGACAAUGGGAUUGGCAUUAAAGCAUCAGAUACUCCUGUCAUGGGCAUCAGGCAUUAUACAUCUAAAAUAUGCAGCCAUGAGGAUUUAGAAACAUUACAAACGUAUGGAUUUCGUGGUGAAGCCUUGGGCUCCAUCUGCUCCAUUGCUGAGGUACACAUAGCAACAAAGACAGCCAAUGACUCUAUAAGUACUCUGUAUAGUUUGGAUAAUAAUGGACAUGUUGUGUUUCAGAAGCCAUCACACCUUGGGCAAGGCACUACAGUCUCUGUAAUGAAAUUAUUUAAAAAUUUGCCAGUUAGAAAGCAGUAUUAUUCCACUGCAAAAAAAUGCAAAGAAGAGCUUAAGAAGAUUCAGAAUCUACUCAUUAACUUUGGACUUAUUAAACCAGAUAUUAGGAUUGUUCUUGUACACAAUAAGGAGGUACUAUGGCAAAAAAAUAAGGUAUCAGACCAUAAAAUGGCCCUCAUUUCUGUCUUGGGAACUACGGUCAUGAAUGCAAUGAAACCUAUUCAGCACCAUUGUAAAGAUCCAGAGUUACUUAUUAAUGGAUACCUUCCAAUACCAGAAGCAGACAGAAUGCUAACUAGUGUCCAUGGUCCAGAAAAGAGUUUUAUCUUCAUAAACCAGCGCCCGGUUCAUCAUAAAGACAUAUUAAAGGUGGUUCGUAUGUAUUAUAAUCAAAACAAGGAUUCUUCUCGCUGCUAUCCAAUUUUUUUCUUGAAUAUUGUUGUUCCAGCCUCAUCUGUUGAUGUUAAUGUAACACCAGAUAAAACACAAGUGUUGCUACACAAUAAGGAUUUGGUUCUUGAAGCUGUGGAGAAUGUGUUAAAAUCUGUGUAUCCUGAUCCAGUAACUAUGUCAAUUCACAAACCUGAUGCACAGCCUGAUUACAUGCAUUCUUCAAGUGCAGAAAAGCACAAUAUAAUGAAUACUAAAAAUGAGGAUGGAGAAAAACUAAAUGUGUCCUCGCUUUCACAAAAUAGUAACAAUUGUGAGAGUGAGAUGCAAUCACAUGUGUAUUUAGAACAUCAGUUAUCCAGCCACAAUAAAUCACUGAAAACUGACUUGGAGCAGGUUGCUGGAAAAGAAUCUUCUGCGGUACAUAACCUUAGUUCUUCAUCAGAUCAGAGUGAAUAUACUUUCAAAGGAAACCAGAAACAUGUGGAAAUUGGUCCUUAUGCUGUCACUCAGACUUCAGAAAUACAAGCAAUGAAAAAUACAAUGUCCACUGCUAAUCUUACAAUAACUAAUGAUUCUUGGAGCAGAGGGAAUGCUUUCAGAAACUCUACAGAAAUAGAUAUACAGCCAGUAACAGUAUUGUGUCCUUCAGCUGUCAGCCAUGGUGGUGAAAAGUCAAAUGAAACUGCCCUGGAUAAAAGUUGUAAUGUAAAGAAAGACCAGAAAACAACAAAUUUUAUAACUGAAAAAUAUGGAUUUGUAACUGCUUAUGAUCUCAUGAACAAUCAAGUGAUUAGAAAACAUGUUUCGGCAAUAGAUAUAUUUACUCAGGAACAUAGAGAUAAGUUUCUCAAUGACAGUCCAAAGGUUCCACUUGAUGAAGUUCCUUCUGUUAUUUUGGAACUAUGGGAUAAACUUAGUGAAGAAGACAAAUUCAGAUAUGAAGAAAAGGCAGCUAAAGACAUGCAGAGAUACAAGAUGCAUACUGUAAAAGCUACAAAAGAAACAGUACAAAUGGCCAAAGUAUCAGGCAAAAAAAUUAAACUAACGUUAGACAAAACCCCUGCUCAAAAAAUCAAACUGCAAGCCCCAAUGUCUAAUCAGCAAAUUUUGAAUAAAUUGUUUUAUUCUCAAGUGGAGAAGAAAGUUGAAGAGCCAGCCAAUAAAACUAUUAAAAUAGAUUUUAGCUUGUACAAUCUCAAGAAACAGCUUUACAAACUUGGAAGAAAAGAAAUAGAUUUUGAAGAAAUUACCUUAAUGAGUAAACUGAAUCUACCUGGAGCUUGGAUUGCAGCAUCAAAGAAUGGCAUAGCUUUACUUAACCCUUAUAGAGUGGAAGAAGCAUUACUCUAUAAACGCCUUGUGGAAAACCAUAAAAUUCCUGUGGAAAAAUUAGAUGUGCCCAUUGUAUUAACUGAUAGAUUGAUUGGAGGAUCAGAGUAUUUUACAGCUUUACUAAAUAUGCAAAAAGAUACUCCAGGAUUGAAUGGACAUACUUACUUUUCAGAUGUAAGACUCACAAAUAAUGGAUUUCACAUAAAAAUGAUACCAGGAUCAUCAACAUUUGUCAACCACGUUGAGAUUGAAAGUAUGAAUAGAAAUAUGCCCUUUUACGGAAUAUCUGAUCUGAAGGAAGUUAUAAGCUUUGUAAUGAAUAAAAAAACAAACCUAUGUGAGUGUAGGCCUCUGAAAGUUCUGAAUUAUUUAGAGGGGGAAGCUGUACGCUUAGCUAGACAACUGCCCCUAAAUCUGUCAAAAGAUGAUGUCCAGGACACCAUGCUUCGUAUGAAAGAACAGCUCACUGGUAACCAAAAAGAAUGUAUCCAUGGUCGGCCUUUUUUCCAUCACCUCUCGGACAUUCCUAAAUCAGAUGACUAACUGUUUGUUCGACUUUAUUAUAUAAAAUGUAUGUUUAUAAAGUAUAGCUGUAAUAUGCACAUGGAUAUUCAGCUUACUGUGUAAAAGUUGUGAUAUACAGUAUAUAUAAUGCACCAGUGAUGUUUUCAAAAAAGGAUUUAUCCAGGUUUUGAUUAAUAUUGCAAAAUAAUUAGGAAAAACUUACAGUGAAGAAAAAAGAAAUUUUGCUCACUAACAAAGAAAUGAUCAGUCUAUAAUUUUGGUAGGUCUAUUUGAACAAUAACAACAAAAAAACAAACCGAUAAAAAUGUUUCAAGUUAAGAAUUUAUAUGCAUUGUACUUAUUGCAUUUACAUAGUGAAAUAAGUAUUUGAUCCAGACAGAUUUCUGGCUCCCAGUUGUCUUUUAUACAGGUAACAAGCUAAGAUUAGGAGCCCUCUCAUUCUGAUGUUCAUUUGGCAAUCUUCAGAUGGGCCUGUACAUGUUUUUUCUUGAGCACAGGGACAUUGGGGGACAUGUAUCAAAGAUUUUACCCCUGUUUUGUGUGUAUUUUUUUGCGCAAAAUUUUGCGCAAGCCCUUUAUUUUGCGCAUUUUUUGCGCACGUUUUGGUAGAGCAUGUCCUCCAGAUGUGGCUGAAUCAGGGUACCUUGGAAUGACAUCUAUAGUACACAUGGAUUUAUUACCUGCGUUCUUUUCCUUUGCACCAAAAAUUUUGACGCAAGUGCGUCUUUUUCCCCAUAAAUAUAAGCCAACUUUAACUGCACGUAGCAAUCCUUUCUAUUUCUGAAGGAAAGUUCUACUAAGGAACCACCAGAAUGUUUUUACUUUCCUAUCUCAAUUCCUCAUUUGGUUUGCUUUAUAUUUUUACUCCUUGGUUAUUCCAAAGCACUUUUAAAAUAAUUUGCAUAUAGAAUAUUUGUUUACAGUUCAGUUAUUCAUUAGAUCACUUGGAUAUUGGUAUUGUUAUUUUAUGAUUCAACAAUUUAAUACAUUUACAUAGGAAAUGUUUGAUAACUUAUCAUUGAACAAGAUCCGUCACAUUAAAAUAGCUUUGUAAUUCACUUAAUACUGUAGAUCAUUCUCCUUUUAUUUUUACAAUUUAAUGCUUUCCGUUAUACUUUUCCCCAGCGCCCGGUAAGAUGGUGGCUAUCACUGAUAGCCAGCCAGCCUUUGGCUUUCUGGGCAUGCUGGGAGUUGCAGUUUUGCAACAUCUGGAGGGCCACAGUUU